AUGAACUCGUACGCCGUGAUGAAGACUGUUCUUCUGCAUCUAAUUCUUCUCGUUCAAGGCUUCUAUGCCACCGAGAAGAUACGAUACGACGGAUACAAAUUGUAUACGGUUUUCGUGCCAGACAAUACGGGCCUUGAAUUAUUGAAGAGCAUGGAGGACAACGACGGAUACCAUUUCUGGUUGAAACCGAGUAUCAACAAUACGGCGAACGUGAUGAUCUCGCCGGCGAGGCUUCAAGAAUUCAUGCAAAUCGCCAAUACCACCGAACUUGAACCGGAAUUGAUGAUGGACGACGUUCAAAAAUACAUCGACGACGAGAAUCCUCGUGGCUACCUGCGGGGCACGAUGGACUGGCUGGGUUAUCAUCGAUUGGACGUUAUUUAUCGUUGGCUAGAUUCCCUCGUAACGCAGUAUCCGAAAAUCGUGAAACCAAUAGUCGGCGGAAGUACCUUCGAAGGCAGAAAAAUUAGGGGCGUGAAGCUUUCUUACAAAGGGGGAAAUUCUGGUGUAUUUAUCGAAGGUGGAAUUCACGCCAGGGAAUGGAUAUCACCGGCCGUUGUAACGUACAUCCUGAACGAAUUGAUACUAAGCGAGGAUCCUCGUGUCAGAUACAUGGCGGAAUCGUACGAUUGGUACAUUUUCCCUGUCUUCAAUCCGGAUGGCUACGAAUAUACUCACACCACGAAUCGACUCUGGAGAAAAACUAGAAAAUCGUACGGAAGAGGUUGUUAUGGCGCAGAUCCGAACAGAAACUGGAAUUUCCACUGGGCAGAGGGUGGCACCAGUUCGUAUCCUUGCAGUGACGUAUUCCAUGGCAGCAGACCUUUCUCUGAAAUAGAAACCAGAACUAUGUCAGAAUACAUUACCGGCAUCCAGGAUAAAUUAAGCUCGUACAUAACGUUCCACAGUUACAGUCAGGUGUUGCUCAUUCCUUAUGGUCAUUCCAGGGAGAGAGUCGAUAAUUACAAGGACCUGUACAAUAUAGGAAACCACUCUAUACACGCUCUGUCGAAGAGAUAUGGGACCAAAUACAGAGUUGGAAAUAUCGUGGACAUUAUGUACACUGCAUCCGGUGGAUCGAUGGACUGGGUUCGUGGAAAGUUUAAUAUCCCCGUGACAUUCACUUACGAGCUUCGAGACACAGGAAGAUACGGUUUCAUCCUGCCGGCCAGUCAAAUUAUACCCACUGCAGAGGAAACUCUGGAUUCUCUGGUCGCGAUGUUUCAACAAGCCGCGAAACUCGGUUACGGCUUACCUCAGUCGGCAAUCGUACGAUAUUGA